GGCACAACAAGAGGAGUUGUAAGAUGAAAAAUGAUCCAUCUUUCAAGAGGCCUCCUAAACUGCCAGUCAAGCGUGGCAGGCCACGAAAAAUAACUUAUGUACUUCGAUCUACUGCAACUUCCCCAACAACUCAGUCUAAUGUCCCUAGUUCAAGUGGACCAAGUCAAUUUGCUGGCACACCUUCAAGUGGACCUCAAAGGAGGAAAAAAGAAACUGCAUUAAUGCCUGAAUCAAGGAGAGUGAAAUUCAUUUCUAGUACAAAGUCAGCAGCAAAGGCAGCAUCAGCAAAGGCAACAGCAAGUAAGGGCAAAUCAGUUCCCUCUUAUGCCAGACUAACAAUUGCAAGUUCAACAAACAAUAGACCUGGCAGAGGUCGUGGCAAAGGAGCUAAAAAUGGUGGAAGAGAUGCUGCACCUGUUAGAACCCAAGAGAGUCAAGCAAAUUGAGUACUACAAUGCAAUUGUGGUUAAAUGUAGAGCAUGACAUUUCCUUUUUUAGGCAAAUAUUGUGUUUGUUAUCUUGUUUGCAGACUUGUGCCUUUCUUUAUAGCAGCCUUUGCACUAAUUAUUU